UCAAUAAAAGUAUAAACUAUGACAAGUUUUUGCAAAACUGCGACAAUUUUGUUUUCUAAUCGUUGCAGAGUUUGUACGGGGACUUGAGAAUCAAUAAGCUGGUACAAGUUGUCACGACCUAUAUAGAUAUAUUACAGCCAAUGUUUUCACAAGAAUCGCUAAAAUCUAUCUCUUGGUAUUAUUUCUGAUGGGACGUUUUUAUUAAAACAAAAGUAUGUAUGUCGAAAAUCAUUUGGACGUUGUCGGUCAGGGUAAGAGACAAAUCGAACCAUGGAGCACAACAACUGGAUCAAUGACCUACGUCGAACCUUCAAUUCCAUUUCGUGCCAACGAAUUUUCACGUGUUCAUCAUCUCGUGCCAUGGCGUCCAAAUGUUGGAUAUGAAAAUAUCGAAGUACUUCCAUUAUCAACGAAGACAAUAAGUAAUUACGCCGUCGAUCCACUCGUCAAUAUGUCCACGAAACCUCUGAAAUUUCCAAAUUUAGUGACGGGUUUUCAAAGAAAUCCCGUUCACGCCUCUCAAGCAGCGCUUUACACCAGAUACACUCCAAAUGAAUGGUUUCAAAAGCAAGUUAUGUUCUACAAUGAAGCUGACUCAAAUCGACACUACUCGGAGAGAAUCAGAAACGAUGCUGUCAAACUUAUGAGAGAAGCAGAAGAGAAGAUACAAAAUAAUCAGUACGAUACUGGAAGAAGACUUGGAGAAAGAAUAACAGACGUGACAUUCUGGCGAAAUGAAGUUUCAUCGGAAUUGGAGAGAAUGAUUCAGGAAAUCGAGAGACUGCAGGAUUGUCGCAUUGUCCUUGAGAAGGCGAUUCAAGAUAUUGAAAAUCCACUGCACAUUGCGGAGGAAUGUUUGUAUCAUCGAGAAGCUAGAAAAGGAACAGAACUCGUUCACGAUAAUACGGAAAAAUCCCUUUUACGAGAAGUUCACAAUUUGCAAAUUGGUCAAAAGAAACUCGAAAUGUGUCUCGACAAGUGCAAAGAUCAACUCCGAAGUUGUAGAUCCUCGCAAAAUCAAUUGGAGCUUGAUUUAAAGAACAAACAAAGUGCACUCGGUAUUGAUGUCCUUUGCCAUCAAUUGAACAACCGAAGUCACGGUUUGCAGUAUUUUUCCGGAAUUGAGAAAUCUGAUCCAUGUAUUUCUGAGCAAGAAACAUGGUCAGAGGCAGCCAACAGGAUCAUUCAGAGAUCUCAAUCGGAGAGGACAAAAUCUUGUCAAUUGCGAACAGACGCAGAGACUCUUGUCAAUCGUGUGGCUCAAGAAAUGUGGGAUUCCUGGUCGAAUACAAACAGUGCACUUGCCAAUAGAAGUUCUGAAAUGCUCGAAGCAAAAAAUAAAUUACACCAGCAUAUUAAUAAGGUUCAACAAGAAAUCUUCGACGUGGAGAAGAAUUUAGAACUCAUGCGAAAGGCGAUUGCUGAUAAAAGUUAUGCUAUUAAAGUUGCUCAUACGAGAUUGGAAGCUAGACGACAUCGUCCUGAGAUAGAAUUGUGUCGAGAUUUCGCUCAUGUCAGUCUGCAGAAAGAAAUCGAAGGAAUUAACAAACAAGUGGAACGAAUGUACAAAGCUCUGAAAGAAAUAGAAAAUCAACAUCAAAGAUUACUACGAACUCGCAGUGCCUUGGAACACGAUCUCGCACUCAAGAUAGACGCAAUGUACAUCGACAAGGAAAAAGUGACCGGCCUGAGACGAGCGUAUCCAGUGAAUGCACUUUUCAGAUUUUAAAUCACGUUAAAUUGUUGUUAAAUUUUCUAAAUAC